GGGAAUCGUUCCCCUGUAUUGACCUCAUUUUGUUGCACCAAGCAAUGUGCCAAGCCCAGCGCCGCGAUCGCUUCCCCUCCCGUCGGACUCGGCAUCAUGACUUCAAUCACCAGUACUGACAAAGCUCCAGUCCGACCGGCUCGCAUCCCCUACUGGCGGAUGCUUUUCGACCACGGCGCUGUGACCGAGGAGAUCAUCAACUACCCUUACACCGGUCGGGGCACCGAGGAUGACCCCUAUAUCGUGGAAUGGAUCCCGGACGAUCCGCGUAAUCCGAUGCUCUUUUCCAAAAACCUGAAAUGGAGCUUCACCAUCAUCGCCGCCUUUGCCACGUUCGGAGUAUCCAUGGCCUCGUCCGCUUAUGCGGGCAGUAUCGGCCAGAUCGUCGAGUAUUUCGGCGUUGGGACUGAAGUCGCCACACUGGGAGUGUCGCUGUUCGUGCUUGGCUUCGCGGUCGGCCCGUUGGUGUGGGCGCCUCUCAGUGAAUUGAUAGGACGGCAACAAGUCUUCGCCAUCUCGUACCUGGGUCUGGCAGUAUUCUGUGCGGGUGCGACUGGGUCGCGAAACUCGUGGACCUUGAUCAUCCUUCGCUUCUUCGCGGGCUCGUUUGGGGCAUCGCCCUUGACAAAUGCAGGCGGCGUGAUUGCAGACAUCUUCCCCGCAGAGGAGCGGGGACUGGCGAUGAGUCUGUUCGCGGGAGCCCCAUUUCUGGGACCAACGAUCGGGCCCAUCAUCGGCGGUUUCUUGGGCGAGAGUGCCGGCUGGAAAUGGGUGCAGGGCCUCUUGGCCGCCUUCUCGGGCCUCAUCUGGAUCAUCCAGUGUCUCUUGGUCCCCGAAACCUAUGCACCGUUGCUGCUGCGCGCGCGAGCAGACCGGCUAUGCAAGUUGACCGGGAAGAUGUAUAUCAGCAAGCUGGACUGUGAGCGAGGUCGGGUCUCCGUGGCGACUGCGUUUGGAGCGGCCCUGCUGCGUCCAUGGGUAUUGCUCUUCGCCGAGCCGAUCGUUCUGCUGCUGUCGCUGUACAUGGCCAUCGUCUAUGGCACGCUCUACAUGCUUUUUGACGCCUUCCCGAUCGUGUUUCAGGAAAUUCGUGGCUGGAGCGAAGGCAUCGGCUCUUUGCCAUUCCUGGGAGUCAUGGUCGGCAUGAUGUCAGCCGUCGCCUACAACAUGUACGACAACAAGCGCUACAAGCGUCUUCACGAGCAACACAAGGGCUUUGCGCCCCCCGAAACCCGUUUGCCCCCGACGAUGAUCGGUGGGAUCACCAUCCCGGUCGGAUUAUUCUGGUUCGCGUGGACCAACGGCCCCUCCGUACAUUGGAUCGUGUGCAUCAUUGCGGCAGCACCCUUUGGCUUCGGGAUGGUGCUCGUGUUUUUAAACAUUAUGUCGUACUUAAUCGACUCAUAUACAAUCUAUGCGGCGUCCGUUUUGGCAGCGAACUCGAUCAUCCGAAGCUGCUUCGGCGCCGGUUUCCCCUUGUUCACGACAUACAUGUAUAACAACCUGGGGAUCCAUUGGGCGUCGUGCAUUCCAGCGUUCUUGUCUCUGGCCUGUCUGCCAUUCCCAUUCAUCUUCUAUAAAUAUGGAGCUACCAUUCGACGGAAGUGCAAAUACUCUGCUGAGGCGGAUGCCUUCAUGCGCAAGCUGGCCGAGAAGACGCUGCACCACCCGGAGAAAGAGACUGAGGCGGAGGACGAAGAGGCAGAGGCGGUCGCAGACGAACUAGAUGUAACUGCCAUAGACCAGGAGCUGGAUUUAGAGCGUGGGGGCUCAGCUUCCACGGAAGGUCACUCGCAGCAGCAGUACGAGGCUAAUCCGUACGACAUCGACCGGGUCAACACCCGCAAUUCCGCCAUCACUCAGCGGUCGCGCUCGCGCUCAGUCCAGUCCAGGCGGAAGAAGUGGCUGGGAUUCUAGUCACGGAUGAUACCAUUAAUAGCGGCACAAGCCACCCCGGGAUGCCAUAAUAUAGCAUAGCCUCGCAUAGCAUCC